AUGACUCAAGUAGAAACCCUCUCUCCUGAAAAGGGUGGGUGUCCCUUGCACGCCAGCUCCGCUGUAGUCGUGAGUGACAGAACACACAGACACCGCAAGCCCUCCAGUAUCGACCAAGAAGCUAUUCUCAGAAUCAAGUAUUGGGACGCUUUCCUUGGUCUGGACUCGCUACAGGCUGGUCACACCGAGUGGCUCAACGGCUCGGCACUGGAUGUCCCCACGGAGUUUCGAUACCUGCAGCAGCCACCAGAGGUUCGGCAGCUGAUCAAUCUGCUCGACACCAGUGCUGAUGCGGGAUUGUUCCGUCAUUCUGGCGGAACGAGUCUCGAGCAUAACGCAGAUAAGGUCCGCCAGAGUCUUGAAGGAACAAAUCACGGUGGUGAUAGCAAACUGCUAAAGAGUAUCAGAGCACACGAGUUUACGAUGUGGCCCGUCGAUGUGGGAAUGCACUGGGUCGUUCUGAUUCUACACAUGCAGCAAACGGGCGGAUCAAAGGAGUUUGAUCAUGUCGCUCAAGCUGUUAUCAUAGAUACAGACCACGACCCUUUGACGGUAGGGUUCGUGCUGGACAGACUCAAGACUGUCCUGGCUGCAGGCGGCAUCUCUUUCGCCCGUACCCCAGAGCUUCUGCUGAACAUGUGGGUUCCGCCGCAGGAUGAUGGCUGGAGUUGUGGCCUCAGGUGCUACGCAGCGAUGAGCGAAUUCAUGCAGAGGGUUACAAGGCUUUAUCUAGCUGGCAAGACGUACGAAGACUCUCUGUGGGAACCUAUGCCCAGCUGGUUCCUUGCCCAGUCUGUGCGAGAAGAAAUGGCCGGGCUAUGCGCCGCCAUGUGCGUUCGAGAGCUGAAAUACAAGGCUCGCAUUGCUAUCGAGCUCGUGGACAGUGAGCACACGUCGCGGAAGGGAUACAAGAAAAAGUCUGCGAGGGCAAGACAGGAAAAUAGGGGUGCGGACUAUGUCUCGAGCCAAGUCAUCACAUAUCCAUCCCCAUCAUAA